AUGAACACGAUAGUGAAGCGAGUUACGGGAAUUGUGACUCGGGCGAGUCAUAACCAGUUGCAGCAAGAGCGUGGGAUUAGGGUUAAAGUGCUUUCGGGAGAUCUGGACAAGGCGCUUACGAUUUUACAGAGGAAGAUGCAAUCGAGUGGAAUGGAGCGGCUGAUAAAAGCGCAUCAGACUCAUCACAUUAAGAAUUCGGAGAAGAAGGUCUUAGCUAGGAAGAAUCUAGAACGCAGGAUCAAAUCUAUCGACUUUGCUCGUAAACUCCAAUCGAUUCUCAUCAAGAAAGUCAGGUAA